AUGACGACGUAUGUGCUUGCUGUGCUUACGAAAGUGAGAAACGAUAACGAGGUUCGGGAGAUACAUACAAUUGAGGAGGUGAAGGUCGUUGAAUUUGAGGGAAACCUGAAGGAUAUGGCCCCUGUUGAUGUUUGGAGGGGCGCGAGCCGAAUCCCAGCAGCAAUAACAUUCACACACAUCUACCUAAUCUUCUACCUCACAUUCCUAGCAGGUAGAACGAUCUACCGAUCCAAACUCGCUCUUACGCCCUCUUCAUCAACUCGACAUCGGCAGCAUCUACGACGCGGUCAUGUGCGUACUUUCUCGAUCUUGGCUGCGGUUAGUUUGCUAGGAGCUUCUUAUUUUGCGGCUAGUGUUGCGGGAUUGUCUUAUCGGGUUUGGGCUGCUGAGAGGGGGAUUGGUUUGCCUGAAUCGAUUUUUGGCGACCAAGGCGCUUUUAGAGGAGGUGAACACCCAGGACGUGUUCAUCUUGUGAGAUGGCUUGAUGAUACGCCUCUCUACCGUGAUGCUUUUGAAAUCGUGACCGAGAAGACCCGUCAUUUCUGGUGGGCGCAGCAAAAUACUCUCGGUCUUGUUUCAUGGAGUUUGUUUCUUGCGGUUGAGGGACAACGACGAAAGAUCUCGAAUCUCUGGGCGUUUUUGGCGUUGAGUCAGUUGGUCAAUCUGAGUUUUGCUCAGAAUUUGUUCUUUGUGGCGGUUUUGCUUACGCCUGUUCCGUUGCCGGAUAAUGUGAAGGAGAUUACGAGGGCGGAUAUGGUGGUUACGUCGAGCAGAUUUUCAAAUAUCAAGGAGAAGUUAGUUCCAACUAAACCAGAAGGCUUCGUACCAAAAACCGGCUUAUACAUCACGCUCCUGACCUUCAACUACCUCUCCAUCUUCCUCCUUCCUUUCGCCUCAAAUACGCCUUCAUUUCCAACAAUCGCCAUACUCUCACGAGCACUCCCAUUCACCUUCCUAGCCCUCCCCUACAUAAUCCCCAAAUCCUUGGGAACUACCAACAAACCCCACGCACACUACGGUACUCUCUUCCGCAUCAUCUCCACCAUCUCCUACCUCCUUCAUGCCAAAUCCACCGCUUUAGGCCUCUUCUAUAACUUCCCAGAAGACCACUCAUACCGUCACGCCAUCCUCCACCCCUUCCAAGACCAUCACCAAUCUACCACCAGCAAGACUUCUACGGCAUUAAGCAGACUCCUUGGAGCAAUCACUGAACAUCCCGCUGUCGGUGCGGUGGGCUGGGAUGUCAUUCUCUCGGGCUUGAGUCUAGGUAUUUGGGCUGCUGUCAGAGGAUUAGAACCCCGCGAAAUGAUCGCUACAAGCGUCCCAUUUGCUGGUACCACUCAGAAAAAUGCAGAACCAACAGAAUCACUUGCUAAAGCAGACCCUCCAUCCCCGGCACUUAAGCGUCGUCCAGGUCGACCUCGUAAAGCGGACACCAUAAACGCCAAGAAAAGCGAUGAAGCGUAUAUACCUACGGGAGAUCAGUAUGUAGAAAGAGGCGAGGAGAUGGAGGAGGAUUGGGAGGUUGCUGCUUUGGCUUGGGGGAGUAUUGCCGCUGGUGGGUUGGGGGUUGGAAGUUCGGCGGUUUUGGGGGCGGAGGUUGGAGGACGGUGA